AUGGCAGAGACAACAAAGGUCUUCAAACUCAUAGAAAUGCUACCCAAAAUAGAUACUGUCCUCCUCAAGGUCGAGAGGCUUGCCAUAUUCAUGGUGAUAAUCCUUACCAAAUUUGAAUGGCCAUCCAUCAACAAGCUCAUUCUGACGAGUUAUUUUCGCGCUGAGCUCUCCCGCCGUCAUCGACUCGAUCCAUUAACUCCGAAAUAUUAUUGGUAUUGUUUUUGGCUUGAGCGAGUUUGGAGUGCAUCCUUAAUACUUACCUAUGGGUCUGCAAGCUAUUGGUCUAUACCUACUGUGGUUUCCUUUGUGAUAUACACCAUAUGCAUUGCUAGCACUAUGGAGCUCAUGCCUUCGAAAGGGCAGAAGUCUCGGAAGAAUGGAAUCUUUAGCCCUAACCCUAGAGAAACAAACAUGAGAUCAGAGGCGUUGAAAAAAGUGGCAACAGUGAGUACUUCAAAAGAGAGGGACGCUUUCUUUCUGGACCGGUUUUUGAGCUUGUUCUUUGUUAUCUCGACAUCCUCUGUUGCAAAUAUCGGGGGUGGAAUUUUUUGUCUUUGUCACAUUCAUCACUUAAUUUCCUUCACCAUGUCGUUGGACUACAACUUUUGGCCACCUUUGAGUGCUAAAGCUAAAAAUACACGAGCGUGGCGAUAUCUGUUUUGGAUUGAGCAAGCUGCGACAAUGAUUUUGGAACUCCAUUGUGUCCAUGGAAUCCCAUACAGCUUGGCAAUAGCGAGAUGUCUCUUUGUUUUGACUAACAUUGGUUACAUUGUUGCUCUAUCCAUUGAGCCAAAGUGCCAGCAGAUGAUUAUCAAAACUAUUUUUAAAUUCAGAAGGGCACCAAAAGAAGAAAAUAACAGAAGGGAAGCUAACAAGGGUGAGAAAUCAGAGAAAGAGACUCCAAAGAUAGAGAAUGAUGGACCAAAAGAAAAUUUAGAAAAUCAUCAAGAAUCAGCAAAAGAAGAAAAUAACAAAUGGGAAGAGGAUUUGGUGGAAGCUGAUGGCCAAUUGAAGGAAAAGUCAGAAGUUGAAGAAGAGGCAGUAAAAGAUGAAGAUAACAUAUGGGAAGAGUAUUUGGUGGAAGCUCAUGACCAUUUGAAAGAAAAAUCUGAAGUUGAUCACCGAGAAGCAGCAAAAGAACAGGAACGUUUGAUUUUGCCAGAAUUGGGAAGUUUUUUGAACUGGAAAGAAGAACGGAGGAAAGCUGAUGAAGUUUCUAAUCUCAGUGGCAAUGGGAGCAGUGAGAUUGAGAAUGAACUGAAGACCACAACAGCUGAAAAUGUAAGAAUCUAUACUGAGGAGGAACUUGUGGACAUUGAAGAAGUUGAGAGAUUAAAGGCUGAAAAUAGUAUUUUGAAGAGAGAAAAGGAAUUUUUGGAGGAGUCAGAGAGACUUAUAUAUAAAGAUUCUCUCCAUGUGUGGGAAAUGCAUAAUCAAAAGCUUAAUGCAAUGCGUCUAGAAGCGAAUCGGGAGUCUGAAACUUUGGUUGGUGAGCUAGAGAAGCACUUCAAGUUAGAGAAAGACAUGCUGGCAAGGCUUUAUGCUUACGAAGAAGAUAACAACAAAUGGGAGCAAGAGAAGAGAGAAAUUGCCGAAAAACUUGAAGCUCUAACUGCAGCUUUCGAAAAAAACCAAGGUACUGUGCAAAAUGGCACAGAAGAUCUAACAAAAAGAUGGGAAGAUGAGAAAACUGAACUAACUCAACAGCUUUCUGCAGCAAAUUAUUGGUACCAAUACUAUUAUCAAGUUGCGAUGCAUAAUGAAGAAAUUCUCCUCAAGUUGGACCAAGAGAGGAACAAUCUUUCUGCAAAGCUUUGUGCUGCAACACAGUGCUCUGAUUAUUAUAGAGCUUGUUUCCGUGACUGUGAAGAAAACUCCCUCAGGUUUAUGGAAAAAAACAAUGAGCUUGCUAGACAGCUUCAGGAUGAAACUAUUUUGGCUAGUUCCUAUCAUAACCGUGUUUAUGAGCUUGAAGAGAAAUGUCGAAUGCUCGAAGAAGGCAAAACCAAUCUCACUGCAAAGCUUUGUGCUGCCACUGCUUCCUCUGAACUAUAUCGAAGCAUGUUGCAUGAUGCAGGCUGUUAG